AUGGAGUCUAUAUUAGACACUUUGGCGGCUGAUAAACUCUAUCCGACUGGAGGCACCAACCUGUUGGACCUGGAAGAACUCAACGAAGGAGAUUUCCUCACCAAUGUGCCUUUCUCAGGUGACCAAAUGGACGACUUCAACAGUGAGUUAUUCAGCAGUUUCUUUGAAGACCACCUCUUAGAGCGCCCCCCGCUGGCAGACAGACAUCCUUUUCUCCACAUGGACAUAGACAGCAGCCCAGACAUCCAAGGGGAACACAGUUACUCUUUGAGUGAAGACUCCGCCCCCCAGAGCCCUGCCCUGUCAGUCAAGAUGGACCAAGACUCUGAAUUUGAAUGGACCUUCAGUCAGGAACUGUCGACCAUCUUGGUGAAACAGGAAGAGCCGGAUGUGGCUCAUGGGUCAGAUGCGCUGCCUGCUGAUAGCCCACCCUUCAUCCUAAGCCCCGCCCCUGCACGUAGAGGGGCACUAUGGAGACACACGGUCUGUCCUCCUGAUGAUGUUAAGCCAGUGACUAUAAAAGAUGAACCAAGCGAGAUGGGACAGUGCCCCUGCCGGCCCACUGACGACGGCCUGCAACUUCCCCCAACUCCACCCAGCAGUAACCAUGGUGACAGUGACGGCUCCCUGCCGCCCACCUCCCCACACCUGGCUCUGCCUCCGGCUUCCCCGCAGCCACAACAGAGGCCGACGGGCCGCGGUUCUGCCUCCUCAUCCACGGCCAUCUCGUCUUCACCGCUGCUAACUGCGCCACAUAAACUGCAGGGUUCCGGACCCCUCUUGCUGACAGAGGAAGAGAAACGUACCCUUGUUGCUGAGGGAUACCCUGUACCCAACAAACUUCCUCUCACCAAAAGUGAAGAGAAGGCUUUGAAAAGAGUUAGACGGAAGAUCAAAAAUAAGAUCUCAGCUCAGGAGAGUCGGAGAAAGAAGAAAGAAUAUGUGGAAUGUCUGGAGAAAAAGGUUGAGAACUACACGUCAGAAAACGGUGACCUGUGGAGAAAAGUGGAAAACCUAGAGACAGCCAACAGAACUCUCCUGCAGCAGCUCCAAAAACUUCAAUCGCUUAUUUCGGGGAAAGUUAUCCCGCGCACUUGUAAAAUGGCCUCAACUCAAACAGGGACAUGCCUUAUGAUGAUGGCAUUGUGUUUUGUCCUGGUGUUGGGCUCCUUUUCUCCUUGCUUCUCCCCACUCUCCUUCAUCACUCACGCCUCUUCGUCCUCCCUACAUACCUCUUCACCUCCAUCUCACCAAGCAGAGGACCUAUACACCACCAGUCAGGUUCGCUCCCGCAGCCUACUCUUCUUCGACGAAGGGUCUCCACUGGAGGAUUCCCCUGCAACAUUACUAGUGGAGAGGCUCCGGUCACACCACCACAUUCAAACGAACCGCCACACAGCUGACGCCCAUAGGAACCAGACAAGAGGGCCAAAGUUGGACCACAGAGAAACUAAACCAAACGAUGGUUCAGAAUUCCUCUGA